GGGUCAUUCUGGGCGCCGUAUUUGGGAGCCUCCUGCGGCUGCUCCCCCCGCUGGACGAAGACCUGCUGGUCCUUAUCUCCUUCCCGGGAGACAUCCUCAUGCGGAUGCUGAAAAUGCUCAUCUUGCCCUUGGUCAUCUCCAGCCUCAUCUCAGGGCUGGCAGGACUGGAUGCCAAGUCGAGUGGGCACAUGGGCACCCGGGCCAUGGUGUAUUACAUGUCCACCACGGUGCUGGCUGCCGUGCUGGGCGUGAUCCUGGUGCUGUCCAUCCACCCGGGCAACCCCAAGCUGAAGACGGCGACGGGCGCGGCGGAGCGGAGCGAGGAGGUCUCCAGCCUGGACGCCUUCCUGGAUUUAAUCCGGAACCUCUUCCCCGAGAACCUGGUGCAGGCCUGUUUCCAACAG